AUGGAGUACAUUCAGAACAACCACCUCUACUCGCGCAUACUGGACAACAUUCCCUGGAAGUCCGCAGAUCCAUCGGUGAAAGGGGAUCCGCGGAAAAGUGUCAAGUGGAUUGAUGGUCUUCGCGGAAUUGCUUCGUUCCUAGUCAUCCUAACUCACCUUGCCCGCGGAUGGGAUUACGACCUUUUCGCCCCUCGUGACGAUGUUGACACUCCUCCCCGAAUCCUGCAGUGGCCCGUGUUCCGUAUUCCUUGGCAAGGCCGUCUGGGUGUCACCAUCUUCGCCUUCCUGACUGGCUAUGUUUGUGCCCUGAAGCCGCUCAAGCAGUCUCGCAAUGGCGAUAUCCUGGGCGCAUUCACAUCGGUGGCCAAGAGUGCCUUCCGUCGCCCGCCUCGUCUUAUCUUCCCAGCUACAAUCGCCUUGAUCAUAUCAUGGGUGAUGGCACAAUGCGGCGCUUUCAUUGCUGCUAACCGCUCCGACUGUUGGUGGUGUCGGUACGCCGCUCCCGAUUUGAUGCCCACUUUCUGGCAGGAGGUCGUUCGCCUGUUUUCGACCUUCCUCGAGGUUUGGACUACCGGUUACAUGGCAUACGAUGACCACCAGUGGGCUUUGCUUCCGUUGCUUCAGGCAUCUAUGUUGAUUUACAUCCUUGUCUGCGCCACCAUGUUCUGCAAGUUCCGAUUCCGCGUGGCCAUUUACGUGGGAAUGUACCUUUACUUCCACCAAAAUGCAGCCAAGAACACUGAAACAUUCCAGAUGCAAGCUGUCUACGGCAUGUUCCUGAGCGAUCUCUCCUACGAGAAGGGCUUCAAGGAGUUCGUCGAGCGCCACAGCUGGGGCCGCAAGAUCGUGGCAUUCACCCUCCUGGCCAUUGGACUCUUCGUCUGCUCCUACCCCGGAGAGCACCCCGAAUGGGCCACAUGGUCGUCCUACAUGCAGCAAGCCGCGCACUACAUCUUCCCCCCGAAAGUCAACGUCGGCAGACGCUACUCCGCCCUCGGUGUUGACCUAAUCAUCUUCGCCAUCUACAUCUCCCCCAGCACCAAGGAGUUCCUCUCCAGCCGCCUACUCCUCUGGCUCGGCAAGCAGAGUUUCGCCGUCUACCUCGUGCAUGGCACUCUCCUCCGCACAGUUCUGUGCUGGAUGCUGUACGGCAUCACCGGCCAGCCCUGGUCCGGUGACAUCGUCGACGAAAAGGGUAACCCGAUCUACGGCGAGGACGGCGAGCCCCUCCACCCGCACUGGAUCCCCAUCCGCCCUCCCUGGGUCGUGGCCAUCAGUAUCCCGGCCUGGAUCGUGCUGGUGUACUUCUGCGCCACUCUGUGGACCGGAUACGUUGAUCCCUUCUGUGCGCGCAUGGCUCAGAAGUUGGAGAAGUGGAUGUUCGAAGAGACUGAUCAGUCUCCGCCGCCACUGCCUAUGACCAGCAUCCCGAUGCCGACGGCUUGA